AUGAAUAUGCUCAUCCAGCCUCAGCAGGCCCAGGCGAGAGACAAGCGGCAGCAGAACAUUUUUGACGAGAAACGACAUAAAAAAGUUGUAUCACAUAGGAGAAAACCAAUGGAGAAUGAAAAAGAAAGACAAAAAGCUGAAUACGAAACUUCAAAGCAUGAACUAAAGAAUCUUUUGGCUCAAUUUGGUACAAAAGCAAAAGUUGCAGAUGAACUAGAAAAAGAUGUAUCUAAACUUCAUGGUAAUAUAGAAAGUUUAUUAGAAAAAGUUCAAGGCAAAACUAAUAAGUUCACCCAGUCACCAUCCACAGUAAUAGAGCAGCGACACUCAAAUAGACUUACGACUAUAUUGCGGGAUAAACUGUACAGUAAUUCUAAUGAUGAUACUAUUAAUAGAAUGUUUUGUUAUUUUCCUAAUUUGGACAGAUCUCAUAAUAUAUACAUGUAUGUUGAACCAUACGAACCAAUUGUGCAUGGAACUUAUGAUACUGACCAGACCGAAACUUGGAAAUUAUUAAGGACAAUAACAAAUCUAAUUUACGAUUUUUUUUCUGAAAUCAUGAACGGAGGUCGUGGGUUUGGCAGUUCAAAUUACGAUGGAUCCGUUCCAAUAUGA